UGUUCUGAAAUCGGAGUAGAUUGCCAGAGUGCAUUUACGAACGCACCCUUAAUAGCUGUGUCGAAAUGUAGCUAUAACGUUUUUGAAACCUCACGUAAUGUUAUUAUGUUGCCACUGCUAUGAGAUAACAUGACAUUACAAUAUUCAUUUUCCUUUAUUCGCUACAAUGUUUAAAAUGGGAUAAAUAAAAUUGAAACAUAGUUAUGAAUUUGGACCAAUCGUGAACACAUCGCGUGGAUUUUGGACCAAUCGUCGCUUGGAAUUUACCAGCGCACGUUAGGACUUCCGUUUGUCUAUUGAUGUCGGUUGUGUGUGUGUGUGUUAUUUAAUUGUACGUAAAAAUAGCUUAUUAAUUGCACACAAAACACAUGGACUGUGUUACUAAAAUGUAACGGGUCACUGAAACCAUUAGCAUAUUGCAGACACGAAUAUCAAUAUUGCAGGACACGUCGCGGACGAAGUUGUCCUUUGUUUUGCCAGCCUGCAGUGCAAGCAAGCUAGCUAAACCUGAAACUAAACUAGCAUCUCUAAAUAGUGUUCUUUCUCGGAAAACCGGAGUCAGUACACCAACUACAAAAAGCAAAAUGACUUCAGCCUCAACGAAGGUUGGAGAGAUCUUCUCAGCAGCAGGAGCAGCUUUCACUAAGCUGGGUGAGCUGACCAUGCAGCUGCAUCCCGUGGCUGACUCCAGCCCUGCAGGGGCUCAGAUUAAAACCACAGUCAAGAGGAAGCUAUAUGAUGAGAGUGGGAUGCCCAUCUCCACCGACUCCCCAAAGAAGACCGUGAAGAAGACCGCUGUCACCAUGGCCACCACGGCUACUCCAACUGUCAUCGCUGUGCCAACUGCUCAGGUCAUCUUGCCGGCAGGUCUCCAGGGCAACGUGACCGUGGCUCCUCCCGCUAUGAAGAAACAGAAGACCUCAGCAGACGUGACCCUGAGUGCUCUGAAUGACUCUGAUGUGAACUCUGACUUGGAGGGACUGGGAGAGGGAUCCAACUCCAAGAAACUAAACUUCGAUCAGGACAACCUGAACCUCGAUUCCGGCCUCAUCAUGAACUCAAGUGACCUGCCACUCCUCUCUCGUUGACCUCUCACCAUUCGACCUUCAGACGACCUCUUGGCUCCAUUCCAAAUGGCACCCUAUUUCCUACAUAGUGUACUAGUUUUGACCAGAUCCCCAUGUACCCUGGUCAAAUGCAGUGCACUUAAUAGGGUGCCAUUUGAGCAGCCCAGGCAUCUCUUCUAUGAACAACAGCUGAGAUCCUUCAGAAGAUUUGCUUUGGCAGAUCUCUAUGGUUGUGUCUAAAAAGGAUCCCUAUUUAGUGCACUGCUUCUGGCCAGGGCCUACGAUGCUAUUGCUCUGGCAAAAUAAUUAUUUCAGACACAAAUUUCUCUUGCAUGAGGAAUGUGUUGGUGGAUGUAAAUAGUGUUAUUUUCUUUCAUACUUAGUUUUUUUUGUACCAUGCAAAAAGCCACUGUGCGGUGAGUCUAGGGUCCAGGCCGAUACGAGUGACCAAGGCCUGUAGUAUGUCAAUUGCCACUCUUGGUUCAUGGCAACACAUGAAUUAUGAUGUUGGUACCUAUCGUCAAAAAUAUUCCUUUAUCUAGGCAGCCCUGCGACAAUUGUAAACAGUUGUAUACUUAAAGCAAUAAGGCCUGGUAUAUGGCCAAUACACCACAGAUAAGGGUUGAUCUUACGCAUGAUGCAAUGCGGAGUGUCUGGCUACAGCUCUUAGCUGGCCAUAUCACAAACCCCAGAAGAGCCUUACUGCUAUUAUAAACUGGUUACCAAUGUAAUUAGAGCAGUAAAAAUACAUAGUCACCCCUGUGGUAUAUGGUCUGAUACACCAUGGCUUUCAGCCAAUCAGAAUUCAGGGCUCAAACCAGUUUAUAAUGGAUCAUUGAGUUAUUCAUGAAAUCCACCACUAAAAAGACAACUGUUUGAAAAUCCCACUGGAUAAUGUCGCUAUGAACUCAGAAUUGUAUAAAGGCAUAGGAAUUGGUUACAAAUUCAGAGUUUAGUGUACAAUAUUUUCCAUUCUAUGAAACACUGUGGCAAAGAACAUUGAUCAAAACAUGACCCACCUUCAUCCUUCAGUUUCCCCCCCGAAAACAUUUGUCCCUGCCUGUUUCGUAUAGAGGCCUUUCUCUAAAGACAGUGAUGAUGAAAUUACUUGUGUGACUUGCUGAAAUAUGGUGAAUAAAAGUUGAAUUUAAUACAA